AUGUGCAUGUACGAAGCAUGCUACCACACCAUCUGCAACCACUACACAUUCAAACUGCAUCUAUUUUGCAAGACCAUAAAGCAACAACUGGACCGCAUCAACAACCCGGCUGACCGUGAUAUCCACGCUAUCCCCUGCAAGCCACUGUACUCCUGCCGGCCUACGGUCUUGAGAAUCGACAGCGGAAACAUCAUCGACAAUGUUGCUGAGCAUGCCAUUGCCGGGACUAGAGAGAGGUGGAAUACGAAUGUUGUUGCGUGGACUAAUACACUGUUUUGUGAGGCUUGUUGGGAGGAGUGGAGGAUCCCGGAGAUUGAGUGGGAUUCGAACUUGAUUUGA